CGGAAAUUUAAAUUUCUGAUGACGUAAAUUUUGCUCUCCGGUGCAAGAUUUUUUUUUCAUUCUCUCUCUCUCUUUUUUCAUAUUCUCCUAAAUAUACACCCAUUCAUGAUAUCCAGUAUUGCUCAAAAGAGACCAUUUGCUAGUAUUGUUACUGAAGAUGAAGAGACCACAACUAAUCAACACCCUUCUGAGAAUGAAAGAGAGAAAAAGAGCCUGUAAUAAGAAAGGGUAUUUAUACGUGUUUCUUUAUUAAUUAUCCGUUUAGUGAACGCAUGUCACUUCAAGACAGACGUUUAUGUUCAGAAACACUCAACAAAUUAUGGAAACACCCCUGCUCAUUUCCCUUUCAGCAGCCUGUAGAUCCUGUACUUUACAAUAUACCUGAUUAUUUUGAUAUCAUUAAACAUCCAAUGGAUUUAAGUACGAUUGAAAAGAAAAUGGAUGAAUACAAGUCAAAGGAAGAAUUUAUUGCUGAUGUUGAACUCAUGUUUUAUAAUUGCUUCUUGUACAAUAAUCCAACUGAUCCAGUUUGUGAUCAAGCAAGAGAGCUUGAAAAACUAUUUAAAAAGCAAUUACCAAAACUAAGAGCUUCACCUGCAACAGAUAAAAAAGAGAAAGUAACAGCUACAGCCAUGCCAGACGAGGAAUACAAACACUGUGAAUCAGUUGUUAAAGAAUUCAAAAAGCCAAAAUAUGCUCACCUCAUCUGGCCAUUUGAAAGACCUGUGGACGCAGAUGCUUGGGGAGCUACAGAUUAUUAUGAUAUCAUCAAACGUCCGAUGGAUCUGUCAACAAUUGAAAGAAAGUUUAAUGAACUUGUAUAUAAUAGCGAAGAUGAACUCCAUGAUGACUUUAAGCUCAUGUUUGAAAACUGUUAUUUAUACAAUCCACCACAGCAUGAAGUUCAUUUAUUAGGCAAGAAAUUUGAAUCAGCAUUUGAUAAAUUUUGGAGUAAACUUCAUGGAAAAUCAAAAGAAAGAUCUGUCAAGAAACAACGUGUAGAUCAACACCAAGAACUUAUGAUCACGCCACCCACUACACAAGAUGAUUUGCAUUUAAAAUCUGACAACAAUCACACUACAUCUACAGUAACCAAGCCUGUAACACAAUCAAUCAAUGCCAGUAAAACAACAACGGCACAGACAGGAACACAAGCAACACCUCAACCUUCAUCUCAAGCAGCAGCUGCAUCAAACGAUGGAAGAAACGUCUUGAGGAUAAAAUUAAAUGUAAAGAAACCAGAAGAGGCAAAGCCUACAUCAACACCAUCAACUUCAGCGCCACAUAAAUCUACCGUGAAAAUACCUGGAUUAGCUUUAUCUAAAGAACCACCCACAGCUGCACCCAAACUAGCACUGGAUCAGCAACCUCCUUCACCGCUGGAGAAGAAAGAACAAAGACCGGCUCUAGUGUUACAAAAUCACGACAAGUGGGUAGCACAGGCAAAACAACAUGCUCUUCAGCAGCAGCAAUCCUAUAAAUCUACAAAUAGUAAUAACAAACCUGUAAACAUAAAAAGCAAUACUGUGCCAAGCGAACGAAGGGCUUCUCUCUCAAGGCCUCCUGAACAACCAAAACCAUCGAUGUUUGACAUUGGUGAAUUAUACAAUAAAAUCAAUGACGAAAAGCGAUUAAGGCAGCAACAGUUACGAGAAGAGCAAGAAAGACGAGAGAGAGAGGAGAGAGCACGAAGGGAAAGAGAUCGAUUAAGGCAUGAAGAACAAUUAGCAAAGAAGAGAGAAUUCCUGAAGCAGAUGGCAAAAAGAAAAGAAAGAGAGAAGGAACAGCGCUUGGCCGCUUUGAACGAACGUGUUGUAGAUAUAAGUGCACAGAAAAUGAUUUCACAUAAAUUUGAAUCAAAUAUAUUAAGUAAAGACCUAGACUGGAGAGAACUCAUCAGUUGGCAAAGAGAUACUGUGGAUUAUCGACAUAUACCUGUACCCGCCUUCAUCCGUCGAUCCCAUCUCAACUUGCAAGAGCUUCGAUCAAAGCUUUUAAGUAAAAGCGUCCGUUUAAAGAAUGCUAGACAGCAAGCAGAACAUGGUCAACACUUUGAAUAUGCGUCAAAUAAUGGUGGUCAUCACAGCUCAGGUCAAGACUCUGAUAUGGAUGUAGAAUAAAGUAGUAACAAUAUAAUAAUAAUAAUCAUAAUAAUCAUGAAUGUAUAUUUGGAAAAUAAAUUAGCUGUCAAUACAAAGAACUCUACAAGAUUUAUAUGCGAAUUGUUAAAAUCAUGUAAAAAAACAAAUAAAGUGAAUUGGCAUAAUAACAACAUGCCCUUUAAAAGCUUCUGUUUUGUGUGAAAUAAGCAUUAUAUUGAUCAAAUUGAAUGAAUCAUACAGGAGUGAUGGCAAAUAGCAGAGUGAUUAUUACCGCUAUUGGGACAUGAAAAAAAAAAA